AUGUUGGCUCUGUGGCCCUCAUCGCAGGCGGGCAGGUUCGAUUCCUUAUACGAACUUCGUAUUAAAAACCCGCAAAAAAGAUAUACCACUGAACAAUCAAGCACAAGUCUUAUUAAAAAAGAGAAGCAAUUUGUAGCUCAUAACUACGAGAGCCUUCCCGUAGUAUUAAGUCGAGGAAAGAAGGCAACAGUUUGGGAUGUUGAGGGGAAAAAGUACCUUGACUUUAUAGCUGGCUAUUCUGCAUUAAAUCAAGGACACUGCCACCCACGUAUAAUACGGAACUUAAAAGAUCAAGCAAAAACCCUUUCACUAUGCUCAAGGGCUUUUUACAACUCCUCACUUGGAGAAUAUUCAGAGUACAUCACAGAUUACUUCGGCUUCGACCGAGCGUUGCCUAUGAACACAGGAGUUGAAGCCUGUGAGACGGCCAUAAAACUGGCACGGCGCUGGGGUUAUGAUGUUAAAGGGAUUAAAAAGUAUGAUGCAAAAGUUGUCUUCGCUCAGAGGAACUUUUGCGGUAGGUCGAUUGCUGCUAUCUCCGCCUCAACGGACUUUGAAGCCUACAACGGCUUUGGCCCGUUUGUACCCGGAUUCAUAAAGAUCCCUUAUGACAAUGCAGAAAAAUUACAAGAACUUCUGGAAAAAGAUCCAAACAUCUGCGCAUUUAUGGUAGAACCCAUACAAGGAGAGGGGGGAGUAGUCGUUCCGCAAGAGGGAUAUUUAAAGAAAGUGCAGGGAUUAUGCAAAAAGCAUAACGUCUUGCUAAUAGUCGACGAGGUUCAGACUGGCCUCGGACGGACGGGUCGUUUACUUUGUUCAGACUAUGAAAAUGUGAAGCCCGACAUCCUGAUUUUAGGCAAAUCUCUUUCAGGAGGGCUUUAUCCUGUGUCAUGCGUCCUAGCAAGUAACGAAGUGAUGCUAGUUAUCCGUCCAGGGCAGCACGGAUCAACGUAUGGAGGAAACCCACUGGCCUGCCGGGUCGCUAAAACUGCACUCGAAGUCAUAAAAGAAGAGAAUCUGGUCGAAAACUCUUAUAAUAUGGGAAUGUUACUUCGAAAAAAACUUAAACGCAUCAACUCCAGACUGAUUAGCGAAGUGAGAGGAAAAGGGCUUAUGAACGCUCUGGUUUAUAAUGAAGGGGAGUGGGGCACAGCCUGGGACUUUUGCCUCCGACUACGGGACAACGGCCUCCUCACAAGGCCUACCAGAGACAAUAUAGUGCGGUUAGCCCCGCCUCUGUGCAUCAAGAAGAAGCAAAUAGAUGAGGCCAUUUCUAUUAUUAGAAAAACGCUUAAAUCUUUCGAAUAA